AUGAAAUUACUAGCUUUAUUAGCAUCGCUUCUUGUUAUUAGCGCGUGUUGGUUUGGUUUUGCCAAUGGUCAAGCAUGUCCUUACGGUCAAUCAGGUUUAGUCGACUUUAGUUCACUUUCUAAUUACACAGUCGCUGAAUCUGCCAUUGUAAUCACUUCAGGUCAGAAAGUAUUAAUCAAAACCUCCCCACCAGUCAAGUAUGGCUCAAUCACAGUCCAAAGUGGUGGAUCUUUAAUCUUUGACAACAAAUUCAUGAAUAUUAACGUCAAUCACAUUAGAGUUGAAGGAAAUGCUUCGUUUAUUAUGGGAAGUACUUCAUGUCCUAUCUAUAAGAAGAUUACCAUUACAUUUUAUGGUCCUAGAUCUACUGAAAAUACACUUGGUACUGAUCCAUAUGAUAAUGCUAAUUUAGGAAAUAAGGGAAUUGCAUUUUUGACAGGUGCCACUGUUCAAGUUGUUGGACAAUUGAUUAAUGAUAAGGCAUGGACACGUCUUAAUGCUACUGCACUCAAGAAUACCAGCUCUAUCACAUUGAAAGAAUCUGUCACUGGCAUGUGGAGUGUUGGCGAUGACAUUUUGCUAACUUCAACUGAUUAUGGUGAAGUUGUUGAUUUCAAGAUAAUGAAUGACACUUCCAGAAAUUGGCAAAGAGGUGUUGCUUUUCCAGAUCAAAAUGAAAAAGCUACUAUUAAGGCAAUUUCAGCUGAUGGUUUGACAUUGACAUUGGAAAGUCCGCUAAAUUUCACACACGUUGGUAAAGAUUACACAUUUUCAGAAGUUGCAUUGUUGACCAGAAGAAUUGUGUUUAAGGGAGAUGAUUCAAGUGAUGCAUCCAGUUUUGGAUCUCAUUUGAUUGUUAGAUUGGUUAAGCAAUUUCAGUUUGUUGGAGUUGAGUUGAGAAAUGUUGGUCAAAAAGGUUUAAUGGGAAGAUACGGAUUACAUCUUCACUUGUUAAAAGACACAAGCAAACAAAUUUCCACUCAAUUCAUGAUUGCAAACAAUGCCAUUUGGAAUAGUUAUCAAAGAUGCAUCGUCAUUCAUGAUUCUAGAAACAUUCUCGUGAAAAACAAUAUCUGUUUCAAUAUUACAGGUCAUGCUUUUUAUUUGGAAGAUGGUUCCGAAUUUGGAAAUGAAUUUAGAAAUAAUUUAGGCGUAAAAGUGAAUCCGGUUGGAGAUGCUGAUCAAUUACAAAUUAUUCCAUCGGAUUGUGAUGCUAGUGUCUAUUGGAUUACAAAUCCAAACAAUACCUUUAUUGGAAACGUUGCUGUGGGUGGUAAGUUCGGAUUCUGGCUCUCUUUCCCAGUUUUCCCUGUUGGAAUGAGUGCUACCAUCUAUGCAGGUCAAGAUUUCAAUCCAAGAAGAACAGCAAUGGCUCCAUUCGAAGAUAACGUUGCUCACAGCUCAAUUACUGGAUUGUGGAUUGAUGAAAUGUUGCUUUCUGAUGGUACAUUAGAAACUGAGGGAUACUACCCAUUGAAUGGGUCAGCUUCAUUCUUCCGUUUUACUGCUUACAAGAAUAGAGAUUAUGGAGCUUGGGUUAAGGGAGGAGUUCUUUAUUUGGAAAACUUUUUGGCAUUUGACAAUAACGUACAAAUUACUGCACCAAAGGGACCAACUAUUACAAGAAACUCUAUCAUGAUUGGUGAGACCUCUAAUGUAGGCGAUUCAAGUUUCAGAUCAAAGGUUGACGUUGGUGGUAGAACUCGUCCUCAACUCUAUGCAAGUGAUGAGUUGAUCAUUCGUGGUUACGAAGUUUAUGAAGACGACGGUCCUCAAUUACUUUACAAUUGCACAUUUAUUAACUUUAUUCCAGAUGCAUAUAAGGCCUCUGGUGCAGUUUCUCAUCGUUCUCGUAAACAAUUGGAAUCAGCAGUUAACAAACUCUUUGGGUUGACCUUUAUUAAUUCUAACAAGUUCUAUGCCUUGAAUAAUACUCCAUAUGAUAACCAGAGAAUGGGAAUUUGGGCAGAUUUGGAUGGAAGUAUUAGUGGUUUUCCAAGUGGAGGUUGGAUUGUUGGUCAAGAUCCAUUGAACGCCUUUUCUGGUUGUGUUUCGAAUAGUGAUUGGAGUGCUUAUGGUUGUCCCGCAACUGGUGAAAUGUUCGUUCAACUCAGGGUCGGAAAUAACGAGUUUACAACAUACAAUACUACCUCAUCCAAAGGAGUUGCACAACCUGAAUUGAAAAACGCAAAUAUCAUCACACCAAGAAUGUACGUGGUUGACCAAUUGAGAAAUAUUCAAGGACCAUCCAAUGGAAGCCCAGGAGGUAAUGAUAACACAUGGGUAAUACAAUAUAACUUGCUUAAUAGAGGAUUUUAUGGACUGAGAUGGCCAAAUGAUCAUCCAACUCCGAGAGAUUUGUCCGUCAGCUUGAAAAAUGCAGUCAACUAUGAUUGGAUUGUGUUGGCAAUUCAGUAUCCAAAUAAGACAGAUUUCAAGAUAACUUGGUCAGAAAGUGGAAGUUCGAAUACGUAUCCUGUGACUUGGGCAAGUUCAUUGGCUGAGGUCAUGGUUUCACCAAAUGAAUUGGCAUAUUACAAUCAGACAACUGAGCAUUUAUAUGUCAAGUUACAAAAUAGAGUGCCAAGAGAUGAUUUUGAGAAUGUUUACCCAUUUUCUGAUUAUCAUAGUGUUGGUUUGAUUAGAAUUGUUGCAACUUGUCCAAACAAUAACUGUGCUCCAUCUAAAUUUGGUAAUCCAACUUCUUCCAAAUUAGUUUACAAUACCUUAAUGAAGGAAGAUCGAUUUGUUGGAAAUUUAGAAGUCUGCCAACAAAAAGCAGUCAACUCAUCCCUCAUUGGCUCAAAUGGCUCAGGAAAAGUCUUUGCAUUUUGGGAUUUCAAAGCAAAACUUUUAGAUUUCACAGUUUUCCACAAUUUGAAUUUAAUCGCCACUGAAAUUUCAGUUGGAAUUGGAGCUGUCGGUACUCAAGAGAGAAUUAUCCAUCCAGGAUUGGAUAAUCCAAUAUCCCCUUAUGGUGUCAGUCGUUUCCUCCUUGAUUUAUCUUAUCAAGAACAAGUAGCUCUAUUGAAAGGUCAAAUGUUUGUCAAAUUGUCAACCACUCAAAAUCCAACUGGACAUUUGAGAGCUCAAUUAUAUUGCAGUAAUUCGACUACUUCGACAUGUGCCUUACCUCCUCCAAUAGCCAAUGCCACAGAUUCAUGUGUCAAUUACGGAACUUUUGGAAAUGCCUUCUUCACAGACAAUUUGAAUUCAUUCUCGACUGUUACUGGAAAUGGAGAUGCUUCCUAUGAAGUUAAUGGAGAAGGAGGAUUAUGUGGUAAUGCAAUCAAGAUGAUUAUGGGAAGUGGUGAUGUCUAUCUUGAAAGAACUAAUGGUUUGAGCGGUGCUGCCUAUUCUCAUUUCGAAUUCUUUGUUAGAGUUUCAGAUAAUUAUGGACCACUCAAUAUUUCAGUAACUGCUUUCGGUAAACAAGUAAUUGUAAAGAAGGAGCACGUUUUAAAUUACAAGAUUGACAAUACAACAGCACGAGUAAGAAUUCCAAUUUCUGAGUUUACAACAAGUUCAUUUUCACUCAAAAAGUUGAGAUUUAGUUUGACAGAACCAUCAACAAUAUUGAGAACUUUCCAUGUUGAUACGAUUCAAGUUGUAAAAAGUGAUGAUUUGAUGAUUCCUGGAAUGGCUAGUUCUGAAUUUUCCUAUUUUGGAAAAGUGGCUACUUGUGGAAGCUCAUUGAAUCCAGAUUAUGAUCCAUUGACCAUUAAAAAGUAG